AUGUAUACUAUAACGAAUAUAUACGUCCUUGCCGCGUUUGGCACCAUUGGAGGUGCUCUGUUCGGGUUCGAUGUGAGCUCGAUGAGCGCCUGGAUUGGCGUUGAUACGUACAUGGACUAUUUCGGGUCACCAAACUCCAACCUCCAAGGAGGAAUCACAGCUUCCAUGUCUGCCGGUUCCUUCGCUGGCUCAAUCGCAGCCGGAUGGCUAUCCGAUAUUCUUGGGCGUCGCUAUGCCCUGAUGAUUGCCUCGUUGGUAUGGAUUGUUGGAGCCAUGGUUCAAUGCAGCGCUCAGAAUGUGACACACUUGGUCGCUGGCCGUGUUGUCAGUGGACUUGCUGUCGGUGUGACCUCCUCCCAGGUCUGUGUCUAUCUGUCUGAACUUGCACCUGCUCGUAUUCGUGGCCGUAUCGUCGGUAUCCAGCAAUGGGCUAUUGAAUGGGGUAUCUUGAUCAUGUACUUGGUCGCUUAUGGCUGUGUGGUGGGUGUGUCCGGUCCUUCUGCGUUCCGCAUCUGCUGGGGUGUGCAGGCUGUGCCCGGUCUUGUUCUCUUUAUUGCGCUGUUCUUCUUCCCCGAGUCUCCUCGUUGGCUUGCAUCUAGGGAGCGCUGGGAAGAGGCUUUGGAUACGUUGGCGCUCCUGCAUGCCAAGGGUGAUCGCCAUGAUCCCGUUGUACAGGUUGAGUUUGAAGAGGUCCAAGAGGCCGUUCGGGUGGCACAUGAAGCUCAAGAUGUUUCCUUCUUGGCCCUGUUCGGACCGCGCAUUUGGAAGCGCACCAUGUGUGGAAUGACGGUUCAGAUGUGGCAGCAGCUUUUGGGUGGCAAUGUUGCCAUGUACUACGUGGUCUACAUCUUCGAGAUGGCUGGCAUGACUGGAAACACCACUCUUUGGUCAUCGGCUAUUCAAUACGUUAUCUUCUUGGUGACGACUGGUGUUAUGCUCCCCUACAUUGAUCGCAUCGGUCGGAGAAACCUUCUUCUCAUUGGAUCUGUGACUUGCAUGAUUGUUCAUUUCAUCAUUGCUGGUGUCAUGGCCAGCAAAGGAAAACCGGUUCCCAAUGUUAACGGAAAUGCCAAUCUGACUUGGGAGAUCAAUGGCAGUGCUGGCAUGGCUGUCAUCGCGUUUUCAUACAUCUUCACCGGAAUCUACGGCUUGACUUGGGCUCCCACUGCGUGGAUCUAUGCCGCAGAGGUCUUCCCUCUGAAGUACCGAGCCAAGGGUGUCGGUAUCUCAGCUGCCACCAAUUGGAUCUUCAACUUUGCCCUUGCAUACUUUGUGGCACCAGCCUUCCACAACAUCCAGUGGAAGACGUACAUCAUUUUCGGGGUUUUCUGUACCGUGAUGACCUUCCAUGUGUUCUUCAUGUACCCUGAGACAGUGGGUCGCUCUCUUGAAGAAAUUGACUUGGUCUUCGAGACCGAUGUCAAGCCGUGGCACACUCACAAGAUCAGUGAUGUAUUUGGUGAGGAAAUUGAGCGCCACAGGGACGUGAGUACCAAGAAGGAUGUUGGUGGCGCCAGCCAUGAGGAGGUGGUGUAA